AUGACUGACUGGACUUCGGACGCAAAUGAGGCUCUUACACUCUCUUUAGUGAGGUCGCAGGAGGAUAAAGAAGCCUUGGCGGAAAACGAGUCCUAUAUUGAAUUCCACCCAAAUUUUACAUAUCCUAUUUAUGGAGAAGACGAGAAAAUAUAUGGUUAUAAUGACUUGGUGAUCGAUUUGCGGUUUGCUUCUGGGUCUCUGGCCCAAUAUCUGUCAGUAAAAUAUUCCGAGAAAUUGGGAUCUUCUUCGACAGUCGAUGACGUGGAGGGAACACUGGCCGGAUUUAUACCUUCAGACUAUUACAAAGAUGAAAGAGCUUUUUUGAAACGCGUGGCAGAAGAGGCGGUUUCCUUCCAACCGACAGGACAGCUCAUUUCAAGUUAUACUAGACCUUCGCCUCUUGCUGCAUCCAAAGGAAAAGGGAAGGGAGUGGAAAGAAUGCAAAAUCUGGAUCCAGGAAGUGUAGAUACGAUCGAAUUUGAGGUAUAUCAUCACAAGGCAACAUGGAAUACACCUGGUUUCCGGGAAUACCACCGACGAAUGCAAUUAUUUAUUUUGCUAUAUAUUGAAGCAGGAACAUAUAUUAACGAGGAGGAUGAGGUUUGGGAGUUCGUUCUACUGCAACGAAAGAGAAGGGCUUCGCCACAUCUGGCAACGUACCACUUCGUUGGCUAUUCAUCACUCUAUCCCUUCUACCAUUUCCCCGAAAAAGUGCGCUUAAGACUGAGCCAAUUCGUCAUUCUCACGCCAUAUCAACGCCACGGGCAUGGCUCUGAACUUUACAACGCUAUCUAUCAAUAUGUUAUUCGUCGGUCCGAUGUUGCAGAACUAACCGUGGAGGAUCCCGCAGAGGCAUUCGAGGACCUCCGAGACAAGAAUGACCUCAAAAUGCUUCUUGCCAACGAGCAGUUCAUGCAAGAAGGUUUUGGCGGUGAAGUGUCACAUGGAGGUGGUCGCGUGGGCGGGGUGGGGAGAACGGGGAAGAGUGGGCGGGGAGGCACCGGAAUAUCGACGAAGGGGAAGAUGGGCCCUCCAGCUGAUAAGGCAUGGGUUGAGAAGUGGAGAAAGGAUUUGAAAAUUGCAGGGAGGCAGUUUCAACGACUCGUCGAAAUGCUUAUUCUUUUACGAUUGGAUGCAUCCGACGCACGCGGCCUGCGAGCGUAUCGGUUACAGGUUAAAGAACGCCUCUAUCGGUUUAAUUUUGAAAUUCUUGCUCAGCUGGAGAAGGAUGAGCGUCACGAGAAACUGGAAGAGACAUUCCAAACUGUGAAAGAGGAUUAUCAUCGGCUUUUAGCCUUGGUUCAUUGA